AUAGUUGUUUCUCCAGGAAAGUGGGUUAGCGCAGCCCCAGUGGCUGCGGCCACAGCCCUGGCCAGUCCUGCGCGGGCGGGCGUGGCAGGGUCGGGAGCCGGCAGGGGGCCAGCACCCCGCUCAGAGAUCUGGCAGCGCCGAGCGUCUCAGGCUCCCUCCCAACUCAGCCGUCCCCGGGCUCGCUGGGCCAGGCCACCCAGGGUCCUGGGGGCCGAGAGAAAUCCUAGGACUCUGGGCAGGGCCGGCGAGGGGAGAAGACCCGGCAGCAGCCGAGCGCUCCGGCCUCUGGGGGCCUCCUCGGGGAGGCGGUCCUGUCCUGCGCCGGCGGGCGGGCGGGGUGCGCGGGCAUCGCAGUUAUUUGGGGACGCGCCCUGGUUUGCUGGACUUGCAGCCGCUCCACUUCCAGAGCAGUCCCCGGGCCCCAGCUCUGGGCGGAAAAUGCCGGCCCUUCAUAUCGAAGAUUUGCCAGAAAAGGAAAAGCUGAAGAUGGAAGUUGAGCAACUGCGCAAAGAAGUGAAAUUGCAGAGGCAACAGGUGUCUAAAUGUUCUGAAGAAAUAAAGAACUAUAUUGAAGAACGUUCUGGAGAGGAUCCUCUUGUGAAAGGAAUUCCAGAGGACAAGAAUCCUUUUAAAGAGAAAGGCAGCUGUAUUAUUUCAUAAAUAACUCUGGAGAGAAAUUUCAUCCUCAAUAGAAGAACUAGCUUGUUUCGGUUUUCUGAAAUAAAACCAAAAUUCUUUUCACAGAAAGAAAAACAAAAUUUAAAGACUUUCUUAAAUACUUAUAUUGAUAUGGUUAUGUAUAAAAGCUGUUUCUCAUCUUUGCUCACUACACACCCUUUUUAAGAGGGCAGAGAGUAUCAAACGUACAAUUAUGGGAAUAAAGACAUUACUUGUGCAUGACUCACCUCUUUCAGUAUUGCUUGAUGACUUAAAUAAAGUUUUAUCUCUGGAAAAUGA